AUGUUUAAAACAGCCGAGUAUGGACGACCCACCACGACCUACAAGCUCCCCCAUCGGGUCGACGGCACCGGGUUCGUCGUCUACGACGGCGCACUGUUCUUCAACAAGGAGCGAACUAGGAAUAUCGUCAAGUUCGAUUUGCGCACUCGCAUCAAAAGCGGCGAGGCUAUCAUCGCUAGCGCAAACUAUCACGACACUUCGCCGUAUCGCUGGGGAGGCAAGUCGGAUAUCGAUUUGUCGGUGGACGAGAAUGGUCUUUGGGUGAUUUACGCCACGGAGCAAAACAACGGACAGAUCGUGAUCAGCCAGCUCAACCCAUAUACGUUACGUGUCGAGGGAACUUGGGAUACGGCCUACGACAAACGCUCCGCUUCCAACGCCUUCAUGAUCUGUGGGAUCCUGUACGUCGUCAAAUUGAACAAAAAUAUUCACAGCCUCCUCCUUAAAAGCACAGCUACUAAUAACAUUUACAAUCCCAGAGACAAUCUGCUCUAUGUGUGGAAUAACUACCACGUGGUCAAGUAUACGCUGGAUUUCGGAGUCCUGGACAACAGGCUAGAAACUUCCUCGUCAGGAAACAUCUUAAUGGACACGACGACGACACGCACCACGACUCGCCCGGUCAUCGUCACCAUGACGACCGCCUCCACCUCCAGCAGCACCACCAUGACCAGCAGCACCCGAUCUCCCUCCACGACGCCGGCGGCCCCACGCAGCACCACCACGGACCGGCAGCCGGCGGCUCUUCCCGAGGUCACGGCACGCUCUGACCCGUCCUCCGUCCUGCCCAACAUCGCCGUGGAGUUCUGCAGCCCCGUCACCGACUCCUCCAUCACCUGGCCCAAAACACGGCAGGGCCUCGUGGCCAAGCAGCCCUGCCCACUGGGAACCGUCGGGACGGCUGUGUUCACCUGUCAGGGGCCCGAGGGACUGUGGGACCAGCAGGGGCCCGACCUCAGCAACUGCACCUCCACGUGGGUCAACAUCAUCAACCAGAAGAUCCGAGCGGGUGAACCUGCGGCCAUAAUCUCCCGUGAGCUUUCCGAACAGACCAAGGGUCACAUGCACGCGGGUGACAUCACCUACACCGUCCGGGCCAUGGGUCACCUGAUCGACCUGCUGGAUGUCCAGCUCAGGAAUCUCACCCCCGGGGGAAAGGACAGCGCCGCCCGGAGCCUCAACAAGCUGCAGAAAAGGGAGCGCUCGUGUCGAUAUUUCGUCCAGCAUCAGCGCUGUUUGACAUCAGUCCAGCAUGAAUCCUCCGCCUGUACGUUUAUCUUCUUGUUUCUCUUUCAUACUCUAUUGAUCAGGAUCCGCGGGGUCAGCACUGAUCGGCGGUCUCUGCUGUUUCAUCUCUUCCUCUUCAGUGUUUGA